UUCUCUCUUUUUGGGAUUUCAGUUCUCAGGAAACCUGCAACUGCGAGUCUCUUAUCAGAGUAAAUCAUGGAGGGCACCAUAAGAAGACCCACUUUCAUUGAGGAAGACGAUGGUCUGGCUUCUCUUGCGGAUAUGGAAGCUGGGUUCUCAGGGAAUCAUCAUCAUCUACCGCUGUUAAUGAAAUCGUCUUGCCUCAGUGCUUCAAUUAGAAGGGAUAAUUACAGAGUUCUUUCUUCGCCUGCAUCUAGGUCUCCGAGAUUCUAUGAAAAUAAUAGAUUCGAGGAGCAUCAUCAUCAGCCCCAUUUCCUUGAAGCCUGUUACCUCUGCAGGAAACCUCUGGGUGGUAACAGAGACAUCUUCAUGUACAGAGGGGACACACCAUUCUGUAGCGAAGAGUGCAGACAAGAGCAGAUAGAGACAGAUGAAGCUAAAGAGAAGAACUGGAAUCUCUCAGUUUCUAUGAAGGCUGUGUGGAAGGACCAGAAGAAAUCUUCUUCUACUCCAAACAAAGCCCAGAAUUACUCUAUAAGAACAGGCACCGUUGUUGCUGUUUGAAACUGCAUAAACGAAAUCCUGAAGAAAGGUAGCAAAAACAUAGUAAUAGAAUUAUUAUUAGAUAAGUAACUGAAGAGAGUUAAAACCCUUUAAGUAUCGACGGCUUUUUAUGUAAGAACAGGGGACCAGAUUCCAGGGAGAAGAAGAGGAAGGAGAAAAGGCCCCAUUUUGAGAAUUUAUUUUUCAUUUUUUGUGUCGUAAUGUUUGUGAAUGUGUAUAAAAAUGCUAGUGAAAUAUGAUCAAUCAGAGCUUCUGCUUCUGCUUCUAUUUC